CGUGAGGGAAAGUGGUAUGCGCCAGGGAGUGCGCUCUGGUAACCAACUUCUACAGUGGUUAAUGACUGCGGACGAGAAAGGAGGAGCGAUGUUCAAUAUGCCUUUUCGGUGCUUGUAGCUUCGUUUCUACAUCGGCCGCAGGAGACUUAGGAUCAUCGAGGAACAGCCGCCAUGGCGACGAAAGGAAAUUGGUACAUCAGCGUGAUGGCAACACUGCUGUUGAUGUCAACUUGGCGACUGUGUGAAAGCUCCGCUUGCCGGUGUUCGAAUCGCCAACACAAAUUCCAAAAGGAGCAUGGAAACUUCAAAAUUGAUGAUGUGUACACAUUCAUGGGAAGUUAUUUGCACUGCUGUACGUCUGCCCUCCUUGGCUACGAAGACAGCAAUGCUACCGUAACGUGGGAGUUCAACGGAACGCCUUAUCCGUGGCCGAAGACAGUCAGCACUUUCGAGUCGCUAUUCUGUGGCCCUCAGACUAUCGAGACUCGGGAAGCUAACCUUACCGAUGCUGGGAAUUACACCUGCACCGUCACCUCUUCGAAUGGGACUGUGGUCAAAUCAACGACGAAACUUAAUGUUUCUCCCAUCACCCAGUUCCGAGAUUUGCCGCAGCCUUUAGUGUCUCCCGAAGACUUCUACGCAACGGCAGGAAUGAUUGCAAACUUCUCUUGCCAAGCCUACGUGGGCGAGUUCCUCAUCUCCCCUACAGGAACCUUCAGAAAGAUCCACGACAACAACACUGAGAUUCUGGCCAAAGAUAUGCCUAACGUCACAGUCACUGUUACGAGGCCAAACCGAGGUGUUAUGAAAGUGGAGAUGGUCAUACACGAAGUCCGCCAAGAACAUUUUGGGAGGUAUACGUGUGACGUCAGCAACUUCUACGGCCUUCUGAGAAGGAACGCAUCCCUUAUAGCUGGAAUGUCCGAAGCAGAAAUGAUGAUGUUGAUAUACAAAUCGACCGCCAUCGUGAUCUCUGUGGUGGUUGUGGUGUCAGUACUGUUCUCGUGGCUGGUUUGGAGACUCAGGAUUGUGCUGGCUGUGUGGUGGCAGAGAAGGACCACUACGCCUUUAGCCCAAGACAAAUUCAACUACGACGUAUUUGUGAUCCACGGAGAGACGGCCUCCAGCUGGGUGUGGGGCGUCCUGGUCCCGAUGCUUGAGACGACCUAUGGUUAUUCUUGCUUUUUGCCGGACCGGGACUUGCACGGGGGAGAGAUGGUUGCAGACACCAUCUCAGCUGUCAUGGCCACCUGUCGCCGCGUGCUUGUGGUGACGACACCUUGCUUACCCGAGAGUCGUUGGGGAACUUGGUCUCUGCACUCCGGCAUCCACUCCACUCUGACGUCACCAACCCGCAUUCUCGCCCUCAAACUACAGGACAUGAAGUUCGAAUCCACAAACGCAAAAGACAUCCUCAGGAUCUUGAAAGUCGUGAAGACGCUUGCCGUACCUUCGGCUUGUGGCCUGCACGACGACGCUGAACUGCCCCCCGACGUUCCCGUAACCAAACCGCAGGAUGAAAACAAGAACGACCCUCCCGCGCCCCUCCAGCUGACCAUCCCGGAGGUGAGGGUGGAGGGCGACUGGUCAGGCUCCCCGAAGAGGCAGAGGCUCUCGAACAUGAUCCUCGGAAGCAACAACUCCUCCAGGGAGAACCUAGACGAAGAGAAGGGAGACAAACAGGUCAGCAACGGAGGACCUGUUAUUUACGACCAGGACGAUGGUCUUGAGGACCCCGGCUCGCCCUGCUCCAUCACACCUUUCAUCCUGCCGUCCUGCAAUCGACAACAAACUUCAAAGGGCUGUGCCUCCCUGACCUGGUACAUGCGGGUGGCGUUUGUCAAGGACUCCGAGGAACAGUUCUGGCUGCGGCUGCGCUAUUACCUGACGCCGCCUCGCCGUCCGUCGCACUGCACCGCCACCUACAAGGCCUGAGGGUUUAUCACCGGAAGUGAAUGGCAUCUGACAGUACACACACUGCUCGUGUACAAAACUGGUGCUGAAACCCAGUGACUAACGGAUACACAGAGUCGUAAAUAUGUAAAGGUGUAGCUCCAUUAUCAGCAUCUGUGUGGGGAUUACUGUGCAUGACAGUCUCUCAUUGUGCGUGUCCUCUUUUUAUGACUGAAAUUAUGAAGACUAGAUCACUUGGUCGAAGAUCAAUCCUCGCUUCAUGAUAGUACUGUUUGAAAUUUUCUAAUCAGUGAUGUACUAAAUAGUGGAAAAAGUCAUGAGAUGUUUUGAAAAUACGUAAAACGGAAAAUGGUAUAUGAAAAUGAUGGCGCACGAGAAUUUUUUGCAUCGCCACCUCUUCUGUAUGGCAAAUCUUUUUGGUUAGUGUAUAGCUUAUAUGCGUCAUUAACCAAGCUUUACAUACGUCUCAUAUAAACUAAGGAACAUAUAUGUUAGAAAACUAAAACUUAAGUUAUACCUCAUCGAUAUAUCUGUGAAUCCCUGGAAUGAGACAGCUUUGGUAUCCCCAGGUAUAAUCACACCCAUCCUCAUCGUCCACAUGUAUUUCAUUCAACACAUUAUCAUCAUCAUUCAUUUUUGUAACCACACACUUUUUUAUCCACAAAUUUUUUUUUAUCCUCAUUCUUGUAUAUGCAUAGGCGUUUUGCUGUCUUUAAUAGACGAGUUACAUAUAUUGCGGGAAAGUACGGGUCGUUAUGUUUUCUGUAGUUAUUCUUACAGAAAUCGUAGAAAUGUAGCCAAGGACUGGUUGAGAAAUAUGUGAUUUAUAGUCAGGCGUCUUUCGAAACGCCAGGGCAGGUGGUUUGUUACUCGGAUGUGGAAGGACAAAAUAAGGUAUUAGAAGACAAUAAGUGAUACCUUGAGAUUAAUACUCCAAAGUCAUGAAGAAGAUGCAUGGUGAGUGGUUAAUAGUUUAGGAAUGACAAUUAUUUUCUACAGGGAAAUGCGACAGGCAUCGUUUUGAGCUCUGUAGAAGUCAUUUCAUUUGUUGCCACUUAACCAUCCCACGAGGCCAUUUGUAUAUUUAAGUUCUGAUAUAUGGUAUAUACGUAGAUAUAGUAUAAAAGUUUGCACUAAUGUUAAGAAUAUAGUGCACGAGCACAAUAAGUAUCAGUACAUGUUAAGUAUUGAUUCCGUAACAUAGUACAUAUACUAAGCAAGAUUAUGUUUCAGCUGCCCUGUAAUCAGUAUAGCAAGCUGGAAAAAACAGUAAAAUGUAAGCUGUUUUCAAAUCUUAGAACUUAUACUGUUUAGCAAGGUGAGGGUCCUUAGUUUAAAUCACCUGGUACUUUUUGUUUUUGGGUUAGGAUGAUAAUAAGAAACUUCUCAAUGGAUACGUUUCUGUACAAUUACCGUAUGUGCCAUUAGCAUGUAUUUUUAUAGUAAUGAUACUGUGUAAAAUAAAUGUGAAAAUGAAAUUGAAA